CUCUUUAACACAUCAUUACCAUCAAACAUUCAAACACAUACUCAUAUCAUUUUACAAAACCUCAUUUCACAGCAAACAAAAAAUCAAAAAUGGUCCACCAGAAAAAGGUAGUCGAGGAAGUCUCUGGCUGGCUCAGAGUUUACGAUGAUGGCUCUGUCGACAGAACAUGGACCGGUCCACCCGAAGUCAGCUUUAUGGCUGAACCGGUCAUGCCUCAUGAAAAUUUUGUCGACGGAGUUGCUGUCAAGGACGUAGAUACGGACUCAGGAACCCGAGUCCGUAUCUACUUACCAGAAAAAAAGGCUACAGAUUCUGAAACCUUGCCUAUCAUCCUUCAUUUCCACGGAGGUGGCUUUUGCAUUAGCGAAGCCGAUUGGUUUAUGUACUAUGCUGUGUACACUAGACUAGCUCGCACCUCUCGUUCCAUAGUAGUCUCGGUCUACCUCCCGAGAGCUCCCGAGCAUCGUCUCCCAGCAGCUUGCGACGCAAGCUACUUUGCUCUCCUCUGGCUCCGUUCUAUAGCCAGAGGAAAGCUGCACGAGACGUGGCUUAAUGCACACGCAGACUUCACCCGUGUGUUCCUCAUUGGAGACAGCUCGGGUGGGAAUCUCGUGCACGAGGUCUCGGCUCGUGCAGGGGCCGAGGACCUCAGCCCCUUGCGUGUGGCAGGAGCGAUCCCGAUUCACCCCGGAUUCGUCCGUGCCACACGAAGCAAAUCUGAGCUGGAGCAGCCACAAUCUCCGUUCCUGACACUAGACAUGCUGGACAAAUUUCUAAAUUUCGCUCUGCCAAUCGGAUCGACAAAGGACCAUCCGAUCACGUGUCCGAUGGGGGACGCUGCGCCCCCCAUUGGGAGCAUAAAAAUGCCGCCAAUGAUGCUCUGCGUGGCGGAGACUGAUCUGAUCAUUGACACUGAGAUGGAAUAUUAUGAGGCCAUGAAAAAAGCAGGGAAAGAUGUUGAGUUGUAUCUUAGUGGUGGAGUGGGACACAGUUUCUACUUGAACAAAAUUGCAGUUGAUCAUGAUCCAUCAACAGCUACAAGGACUGAAGAAUUGAUGGCAGCCAUCACUGAAUUUAUCAAUAGGCAUUGAGUGCAAGUAUAUGUGUGAAUUAAGUAGCUAGCUACUAUUUUUGUGUUCAUUGCUAAGUAUAGCUUGCUACCUUGAUCAGGUGGUUGCGGUGGUGUGAUAAUAAUUACCUUUUUCAAGGUUUAUGUGCUAAAAGUCUAAUUACAGUAGUGUCCAUUAAUAAAUUUUACUCUUGCAUAGUUA